AUGCAUUCCCACCUCCACACCAAAGAUAACAUAAAUUGCGAAGAAAUCAUGAACGCCCUGGACGAAUGCCAUGCCCGGGGUUUUCUCUACAAGGCCGUUGGAGGUUGCAACGAGGUUAAGCGCGAAGUCAACCGGUGUCUCGGCGCAGAACGAUUCAAGCGAGCGAAGAAAAACCGUGACAUGGCACGGGAAAACCGGUCGAGGAUCGAGCAGAUCUGGAAAGAUCGGGGAGAAUAG